UAGAAGAAGUCAAAGAAAUCGAAGAAAAUAAAGAAAUCGAAGAAAAUAAAGAAAUCGAAGAAAAUAAAGAAAUCGAAGAAAAUAAGGAAAUCGAAGAAAAUAAGGAAAUCGAAGAAAAUAAAGUAGAAGAAGUCAAAGAAAUCGAAGAAAAUAAAGUAGAAGAAGUCAAAGAAAUCGAAGAAAAUAAAGAAAUCGAAGAAAAUAAAGAAAUCGAAGAAAAUAAAAAAAUCGAAGAAAAUAAAGAUAGUGAAGAAAAUAAAGAUAGUGAAGAAAAUAAAGAUAAUGAAAAAAACAAAGAUGGUGUAGAAAACAAAGAUAGUGAACAAAACAAAGAUAGCGAAGAAAACAAAAAAAGUGAAGUUGAACAAGAGAGCAAAGAGAAGGAAAUCAAGGAAGACAAAAAUAAAGGUUUCGGGUUUUAUCCUCCCAUUUCUCGACCACCAAUUUUAGCCUCAAGUCCUCCGUCUGGUUCACCAAUGGACAUUGAUAUGGGCAAUACUAAUAUAAACCAUCAAACGCCUGGUUUGUCUAUUCCAACCUUUCCUGCGACAACAAUGUUUAAUACUCCAAAUUUGCUAGGAAAUGCUUUCUUCAAUGAUGGUAUUUCAACGGAAGCACAAUCAAAUACGUAUAAAUCUAAGCUAAUAAAUCGUGGAAGGCGAAAACGUGGCUUUGGGGGAGGUGGUAAUGAAGGCCGUAAUUUAUUGUCGGUUCCAAAAACAGGGUCUUUUGAGGGGUCAGAUUCCAGUCGGAUGAUGUUAUCUGAAAGUUCAUUUACUUUUGAAGUAAAAAAAGAUACGACACCAAUUCCUUCCGUCCAACCUACAUCAACGUCUUCAAUUUUUAGAUUUAAUCAGGAUAUUCCUAGCUCACCUGCUGAAAAUGCAUUUCAAACUAAUGGGUCAGCUUCAAGCAUUUUCAAUUUUCAAUCAGUCUUUCCAUCACAACCAGUGACCUUUGGCAAUAGUUUUGGCGGAUUAAACCUCAAUCCUUCAGCAACAACGCCAAUUUUUAGGCCAAUUAAUAGUGGUCCUAAUGAUUCUAUGAGUAUAAACGGCAAUGGGCAGCUUUUCCAGAACGGAACAAGUAACAUUGCAGCCGAACCAUCUUCAAAUAUUUCUAGCAGGCCAAUAGCCAAAUCGCGUAAGCCUCGGUUGAAUAGGUGA